UCAAAUUUGCCUUCACAUUUUGAUUUCUUUGAAAUGGCUUUACAUUUUGAUUAUUGUUACCUAAUUCCACAUUUUCUGGCUGCACCUACAUAAUAUCAUAUUACUCUUUACAAGUUGUGUGUAGUCUGGAAAGAUCUUGUUUGGAUUUGUACCAUUUUAAAAAUAAAUUAUAUAUUAUGUAUAUUAAUAAAUUUGACGUGCACACCAUUAUUAGUUCAGUACUGACUGGGACCCAUGAAAGCGCGAGUGGUGGUAAAAUAAUUUAAAAUUGAAAAAAAUGAUAAAACCAAUCCUUGCUUAGCCUCCCUAGGAUCAUCAAAUCAUUUCGGUUGCUGACCCCAUGAGUGGUCCAAAGAAUCCUAUGGGCCGGGUUGUCCACGUCACGUGUCAAGAAUCUAAACUAUUGGGCCUUCAAGUGGGCCCAUGGCAUUUUCUAUGUGGGUCCACACCCAACUCAAAACAGUUAUCUCAUCAAUCCUACAAACCCUAUUGGGAAACACCAUACAAAAUUUGAAGGAAAAAUACAGUGUGAUUAGAUUCCAAGGACACCCCUAACAUAUACUUUUUAUUUCUAGUUUUAGAUUUUUUUUUUGAACAAACUUACCACCACCACGAUAUGUGUGUGUACGUGGCAUGGUCUUAAUUUUUUUGGGUCACGCUUGGUACAGUAUUAGCAGCUGUAGCCUGUAGUAGUAGACAAUAGGCAGUGUAGAUAAAUAUUCAUCCCUCAAUGUCUUUACUUUAUCUGACUCUACCCAUGUGGUGGUCAGUGGGCCUGGCCCACUCCACUUUUGCUUUUUAUUUUUUGUUUUUUUUUUUUUUCUAUGAUCUAACUUCGAUUUCCGGGAAAGUGAAGAACUAAUUCUCUUCUCUGUUCUACUUCAUACGUUCUCCCAAACACUCCCUUCUCUUAUCUUAACCUCACCAGUCACCACCUCAUCUAAUCAUCAUCAUCAUUUCCCGCUUUAGAAUUUACCAAAAAUAAUAUUACUCUAUAGUAGUUCUACACACCAUGUGCGCACUUUAGCCUGCUCUCGUGCUCACUCCGCAUACACCAAACUUUACCUGUACGCACCCUCGGCGCAUUCUAGAGUUGCCUCUUGUUGCAACUUUUUCUCGGACAGCCGCCUCCACGUGUCUCCUUAUCAACCGUCCACGUCAUCUCAGUGUCUUCUUCUUUGCUCCUCUAGCUUUAUCCUUUUUUUUCUUUGCCAAUUCUCUUUCUCUCUGCAAUUCUAGGGUUUCAGUUUCUGCCUUUACUCUCUUCUUCUUCUUCUUUAGGCUACUGAUUACUGAGUUGAUACAGUGCUAAAGAUAUGGGGUCUAUCCCCGAUCCUGGCGAGUUGACUGAGUUAACUCCGCCGAGUUUUGAUGAGUUCCAAAGGCAGACUUCUCUGAUGACGAGUUGUACUCUGCUGUGGAAGGAACUCUCUGAUCACUUCACUUCGUUGGAGCAGAGCCUCCUGAAGAAGUCGGAGGUUAUCAAACGCAAAAUUCAGACUCUGGACAACGAGACCAAGGAGUCACUCCAUGAGCUCGAGAAGCGUGAGGUAACCAUCGAAGGUAGUGUCAAGAUCGCACUAGGUAAGGUUGAGGUGAGCAAGGAGGCUGCGAUCAUGGCCAUGGAUAGAGGUCCUGGGGACGAGGAUGGAGAGGUCGACGAUGGCGAGGGCCUCCUUUUGAGGCUGAAAUGUUUUUGUCUGAAAAUGGAUGCAGAAGGUCUCUGGAGGUUCGUGACUGGUAAGAAGAAGGAAUUGGAUGCUCUUAGAGCUCAGAUGCCUCUAGCUUUGGCUGAAUGCGUUGAUCCGGCAAAGUUCGUUCUGGAAACGAUAUCGGAGGUUUUUCCGGUGGACAAGAGGGUGGAUAAGAGCGAUAGAGGUAACGAUUUGGGUUGGGCUUGUGUUCUGAUGCUGGAGUCGCUGAUUCCGGUGGUGGUCGACCCUGUUAUCGGAAAAUCCAGGCUUCUGGUGACGCCAAGCGUGAAGUCACGCGCCAAUAAGAUUGCGGAGACAUGGAAGGCGAGCUUAGAAGAGCGCGGUGGCAUAGAGAACGUGAAGACCCCAGAUGUCCACACAUUCCUUCAACAUUUGGUGACUUUUGGAAUUGUAAAGAAGGAAGACGUGGGUUUGUACAGGAAGCUUGUGGUUGGGUCUGCCUGGAGAAAGCAGAUGCCUAAGCUUGCAGUUUCUCUUGGUCUCUCUGAUAAAAUGCCUGAUAUGAUUGAAGAAUUAAUUGGAAAAGGGCAGCAACUUGAUGCUGUGCAUUUCACUUACGAAGUUGGCCUUGUGGACAAGUUUCCUCCUGUUCCUCUGCUCAAAGCUUUUCUCAAGGAUGCUAAGAAGGCUGCAGCUUCCAUUUUAGAGGAUCCCAGCAAUACUGGCCGAGCUGCGCACCUAGCUGGCCGUAAAGAGCAGUCUGCACUCAGAUCUGUCAUCAAGUGCAUAGAAGACUACAAACUUGAGUCUGAGUUUCCUCCAGAAAGUCUCAAGAAGCGCCUUGAACAGCUAGAGAAGGGCAAGCCAGAGAAGAGAAAGACAGUCCAGGUUCCCGCCAACAAGCGAACACGAGCCAACAAUGGAGGUCCUAUGCCUCCAGCCAAGGCUGGCCGAUUGACAAACGCAUACGUUUCUUCAUUCCCUGCUGCUCCAACAUUUGUGAGGUCUCCUUCACAUGCUCAUUACCCUGCUCCAGUUGCCCCAUACCACUCACCACCAACCAUGUAUGGAAGCAGAAGCCCACCAACAAACCCCUAUGUGUACUCACCCGAGGCAGCCUCCAUGGCUGGAUCAUAUCCAGGAGCUCCCAUGACCUAUCCCGCUUAUGGCGGUUAUGCCAAUGGCAUGGCACCAGCUUAUCAGCAGGCUUACUACCGAUAGACAUGACUACUCUUAAAGAAGAUGGUAACCACUGAUAUAUAUGAUGAUAUAUAAUAUAUAAUAUGAUAUGACCCCAAUCUCAUCUGCGUUUAAAAUGGUGUUUGUCUGUAAUCACUAACCUUUUAAUGGUAGCGAUAUGGUCUGUGUGUUAAUUAAUCUGUGAUAUUUGUCAUGCUUCUUGCUUUUCUCAAAGUGAGAAGCUGUAUUCCUAAUGUUGAUGAUCAAACUGUAGUACCUACUUACUAGGUUAUUGUGGAAGGUAAUUAGGAUGACCGCAAUACCACCAAUGUUGUCUUGUUUAGUUUUUGUAGAAAAAAAAAACAAACAAAAAAAAAAACCUUUAUUACUGUUUCUUCGUAAUAUUCUCAAUUGUGGUCGAAAUGAAACAAAUGCAAUCAGUAGUUAAGGUUUUUGUUCUGAAAA